UGGUGGUGGUGGUGGUUUUGUGGUGGUUGAGACGAGGCCCCCAGGGCGUUUGGUGGUGGUCGAGGCGACACCGAGAGAGGACUGUGUUUUGGUUGUACGUCUGUCUGGGGGGAAGGGGGAGCGGGGGGUAACAAGAGCUUUAUGGCUCAUCGGAUUCCACCGGUAUAAAUACACAUUCAGAUUCUGGACAGCAGAGCAGAGGAUUUGGUACAAGAGACCACGGGAUUUUUUGUUUUGUCUGGUGGUGGCGGUGGACACGAGACCAGAGAGGAUCUGGAGCAGGGGAAGAAGAGGCCGCCAAAGAAUUUGGUGGAGCUGAGUCUGCAGGGAAACCACGUUUAGAAGAUCGAGACCAUGGCCAAGUUCAGGAAGAUCGCCAUCCUUGGCUACCGCUCCGUGGGCAAAUCGUCGCUGACGAUCCAGUUCGUGGAGGGGCAGUUUGUGGACUCCUACGAUCCGACCAUUGAGAACACGUUCACGAAAACUCUCCACAUCAACGGACAGGAGUUCAACCUGCAGCUGGUGGACACGGCUGGGCAGGACGAGUACUCGAUCUUCCCCCAGUCGUACUCCAUGGACAUCCACGGCUACGUGCUGGUGUACUCCGUCACCUCCAGCAAGAGUUUUGAGGUUGUGCAGAUAAUCCACGACAAGCUGCUCGACAUGGUGGGGAGUGUCCAAGUUCCAAUCGUGCUGGUGGGGAACAAGAAAGAUCUUCACUUGGAGAGGGUGAUCCCCUGCGAGGAGGGGAAGCGCCUCGCCGACGCGUGGAAGGCCGAGUUCAUGGAGUCGUCCGCCAAGGAGAACCAGGCCGCGGUGGACGUCUUCAAGCAGAUCAUCGUGGAGAUCGAGAAGGCCGACGGUGUCGUCCCCCAGCCCAAGAGCAGCUGCCUCGUCAUGUGACCCCGCUGACUUCGGGUCACGUGACCACCUCGCGGUUCGAGCCCAGCGGCCGCCCCGGUGAACACCGGUGUGUGUUAACCGUAGUAGUAGUUGUAGUAAUACUGCUACCACGCGCCGUCCGCUUCACCGUGGGCGUCAAAAGAUCCCGCGACGUCGUUCGCAAGAGUGGGCCCCAUCGUGUGCUGGCGCCGCGUUGCAAUUUCGCCAAAUUAGAGUUACUACACCGCGGUAAAAAUUACAUGAUUGGGUAAAACCGUAAAGCAACGUCGCUCCCUCCACCCCCCCCCCCCCACCGCGCCAGAACACAGCACCGGCUCCCCACUGUCAGGCCGGUGCUGUGUUCAAGCUUGUGACGUGCAGGGACAGCACCCAGCGGGGGGGCCCCUAGGCUGAUCACCUGUGCUGUGAGAUGUUUUUCGUCAUGUGUGAUUGGACCGAUUAUAGAUUCAAGUAUUAUGAUUCAUAACCACCCCCCCCCCACUGACCUCCACCCCCCCCCACCCCCGCCUGUCCCCCAGUCUUCCCCUUCCCUCUGGGCAGUGCUUGGGCGAUGUGCAGGGAAGUUUCCGAACGAGUCAAGUUUCCCUCCCAAGCGACAUUGGGAGGCAUACUGAAUGUGGUGUGCUGGGGUUCGGAAAUCUAAUGGAGGUCGCUGGUAGACUCCAGUCGUAGGUGGCACCUGACCAGUCGUAGUCACGGCCCACUGCGAGAGAGAGAGAUGUAUACUGGACGUGGUGUGCCGGGUGACGGAGAGAGAGGUAUUACUGCAAGUGGCGGCUGAUGUUAAGCACUGGUUACGUAUCUGUAGGAGGGAGGGGGGAGGUUAUGAUUUUCGUACAUUAAGUCAGAAGUUUGUACAUUUUAGUAUUUAGCUCCCUCCCAUACCCCCAGCGCAUGCCUCCUGUUUCUAGUGUCCCAACGCCUCGAGUUGAAAGCGUUUGUGCGUUGCCCCUGUCCGUCCGCGUGUAACGGCGGGGGAGAGGAUUGUUGGGGGUUUCAAUGACUCUCGUGGAGGUGAUCCCACCGCGAGCGUGAAGUUCGAGGUCGGAACACCUCCACGCUGGGCCCCCCUCCCUGUACAGAGCGACAUUACGAAAAUCUAGAAGUUUCGUAAGAUGAGACGUCACAGCUGCCAUUCCAUAAGGGAGUUGGGACAUUUUGGUAAGUUAGGAGGGUGGUUGGGACCACUCGCUCCUUUGCGCAUUUGUCAGCGACAGUCACAAUAAUAAUGCUUUAUGAUAAACCUUAAUCACAAAUAUGCUUACCUCAACACAGACUGGCUGAAGGAGAGGUCGUGAUGACUUAGUGGCAGCCAUGUUGCAUUGGGGGGGGAGUUCACGGCGGCCAUGUUGCGUGGGGGGUUGUCCUGGCAGCCGAUUGGUUGGCGCAGUGGGACUGAUGACAUCACCCCCUAGCAACCGCUGUCACGCCCACAGCGUUGCGAGCUCACUCGGUUUUCUCUUGACUUUUCGGAUACUUCGAUAAUCUUUAGAGUUGCUGGAUUUUACGAAAAAAUCUCUACACGGGGCCUCUAGUGUGUGCUCCACCACAAGAAAGUCGCUCACCAAAUCAGUUUUAACGUGGUUAUUUAUUUGCCUCUUUCCCCCCAAACCCCCCCCCCCCCCCCCCGAUAAAGCGGUGCCCAGGAUUCGAAGAACUCGAUAACCCACGUGGAUAAUUGGCACGAUAGGGUAAGCAACUUCGAGGUUACGAAUAUAACUGCGUGUGUAACGAGAAAUGUGAUAAUGGUGUUAUAUUUAUUUGUGUUUUUGUUUACUUAACUUGGGGAGGCCCUCUCCCGAGUCUCAAGGCUGCUUUUAAUGAACGUCUUAACUGCGUUUGGGAUCGUUUGGCCAAUUCCGCUGUGAACGAGCGUUUAGCUUAGCGCACAUACGAGGGGAGAUAACGGCUGGCUGGGAUCGCGAUGACCUCUUGACCUUUUAGAUGACUCGCGGGCGCACAUGUCGCGGAUUCCGUCGGUUUAGAACAAAAAAAAACGAUCGGCGCGUCUCCAGAUCUCGUAGCGAUUUCCCGCUCGGCGCUUUCUAGCGGAGGGCGCAGUCUCAAAAGGCCGUCGUCCACGAGGGUGACCGUCCACGGCAACUGUUGCCGGCAACGCGGGAACCAUGAGCAACUGGCAACUCGGUAGUGUUCUCACUAGCCCAGGGGUGCGCCAACCUGCGGCUCAGAAACCGCAUGCGGCUCUUCCAAGGAACUGCUCCGUGAUGUUAUUCAGGACCACCAUCUCGUAUUGACGUGCAACGCGGCUCUUGAAAUAUUAUUAUUAAUUUUUUUACCGAAUUCGAAAAGAAUGGCUACUACCAUUGUAAUUUUGGCUGCAGACCCCCUGGCUCUUGCCAAUCACUGUGUGUGUCUGUGGCUGCUUGGCAAUGGUGAGUGCAGACUGUGAAUUCAUCUGCUGCUUCAGUUCAACUUCUGAAAUGGGCCCCGUUACGUUCAUCACGUCACACCACAACACCAUCAUGCCACCACACCGUCGCAUCACACCAUACCGUCACGCCGCCCUCACGCGACCACAACACCAUCACCACCACCACCACACCAUCUAAUCACAUCCCAUUCAAGCGGAAGCAGCCGUCCUCACCUGAGGGACGGUUGCUUGCGUUGUGGCCGAAACGUCGUGAGAAUUAUUUUAUUAUGUUAUAUUUUAUUAUUUCCCUUCUACAUGACUUUACCGAAAGAACCAAGAAGAUGAAUCCCUGCAGUCACGAAAGCUUUAAAUCGAAAAAUGUAAUUCGGUCAUGCGGCUGCUGCUACGUUGACAGUGGUGCACAAGCAACAACAACAACAGCUUUGUCAAUAACACAAGUGGCCUUCAAAAGAAAAGCAUAUAAUCGGCAACGUUUUGGGAUAAAUGGCCUAAUUUUUCGGAGCACGUUGCCAGGUGCUAUGAUAAAGGGCCAUUGAACGAUACGUCACCUAUUAUAUAUUUAUGUAUUUGCUUUAAGGCCACGUGUGUCGUUGACGAAGCUGUCGUGUUUCAUUUGCCGGGAAGGUGCCAGCCCAGAGGUGUCCACUAUGGGGCGCUGCGAUCACAUGUGUUCAGUCCAGAUACGGGGACUCUUCUACUUAUGAACAUUCGACUUACGCAUUUCUAGAGAUACCAACAAACCCGUCCGUAUGUCCAAGUUGCCUGUUCGGACCGAGAGUCGUAAGUUCAACCGCCGCGCAAUAGAUGGCGGCGGUGACAUCUACAUCUGUAGAACGUGAAGAACCAGUUGCAUCUGCAGGAGAUUAUAUAACUUUUAAAUCCAUUCCCCCCGUGUUUAGUGUACACGCCGUACAACACGUUUGGAAUUGACAGGAGUAAAGUUGGACUUACGAACAAAUCGACUUACGAACAGACACCUCUGGAACCUAACCCGUUCGUAAGUAGAGGAGUCCCUAUAUUUGGGCCGCGAGGUUCAUACAACUUUGGCGGUGGCAACAGCCCCUACAGCCCCCCCCCCCCUGUUGCUGGUGACUGUUGCCCUAAGAUUGCCACCAAGUGGAGGGCUGCCCUCGAGUGCUCCACGUUUGCACUUUACACAAUUAAAAGGACAUUUCACGUU